GCAACACUAUGUAUUUAUUAUGUAUAUUGUAUAGGUUUCGCCAACACAAUUUCGGCUAUUUCAAGGAAAAACUCAUUUUAAUUCUAUACUAAUUAUGUUUAUCGGUUACAAAUUUGUUCUUAUCAGUGGUGUAUAGUGGUUUUUACAUGGCAUUUACCAUUUUAAUUGUUAAAAAUGUCGAAUAAAGACAAAUGGGUACGCCGGUUUUCCGUCGACGAAACUGCAAGACACAACAAUGGAUUCACUAUUUACAAAAUAACUAGCGUUCUAUUUCCCACUGCCUCCCCUGAAGCAGUAACUGUAGUGUCAGUGUGGAAGCGGUACAGUGAUGUACAGCAAUUACAUAAUAGCAUGCGAAGAUUGCAUGCUGGGUUGCAUUUAAGAGGGACCUUCCCUGAGCUUGUGCGUCAUAGUUAUUUCAAACGAUUUCAGCAACAGGUGAUUGAAGAACGUGCGAAGCUAAUAAAAACUCUACUGGAGUUCAUAGCUGAACACAAGCUUCUAUUUACAAGUACAGAUUUCGUCAAUUUCCUUCAAACGGGCUACCCAGCUCCCUCAUCGUCCUCGUCUUCAGGCACCAUUAACGCCAUCCGCUCCUCGCUCCAUCUGCCCAUUGAGGAAUCUCCUCCACUGGAGUAUCAGACUUCUGAUGACGACUCAAAGAGUCCAGCGCAUACUGCACGUAAUGAGGUUCGUGACGAGACAGACUUUAUUUCUCAAAUCCCAAUCUAUGAAGCUGCAGACGUGGAAAUGCCAUCAACACCCAACAUCUCAAAAGCUGACAGCUUCGAAUCAAUAAACUCCUUGGAAAGCAUAGGUAGUGACUUGUACAGUGAAUUAGACAAAGUGACUAUAGACAAAGCCAAACCCAGUGUCAAAAGAGUGUUGCCAGAUUUAAUUAACUUUGAUGUUCCAUCGACAUCGAGGUUCGAUGACUACCAUACUAUGACUAGUGGAGUUUCUAACUCUGAAACAGUGUCAUUAAGUUCUUACACAAGAAGUAAUUCGCGAGUAUCAUUGUAUAGAAGUGAAUUAUCUCUUUCUAAUGUAGAGAAUAAAACAAAGACUGAGGACAGUUAUGUGUUUGAAGCGGGGUAUAUGCUGAACUUGGCAGCAAGGUAUGAGGAUAUGAAGGAGUAUCAAAGAGCAUUCGAAAGCUACAAAGCUGGGAUUGAGAAGAUGCUUAUUGGAGUACAGUCGGAUACGGAUCCCCAACGCCGGGCUCUAAUAAAAGAGAAGACCAACAAAUACCUAUCAUAUGCAGAGGCUAUUUACAAAAAUCAUCUUUCGGAAGCUGAACCAAGUCUCCUCCCUGAACGAGACACUGGCCCUCGUGCCGUCCAUUGUCCUAUCCCCAUAUUUAUGCUCCGACGACCGUACGAAGAUCUCUCUCUGUACAGAGUUAUUGGAGUGCUCGGUGCCAGCGUUAUGCUGGUCCUUCAUAGAGGGGAACAAAAAUGUUAUGCAAUGAAGGUGAUUCGAAAAAUACCAAACAAUCUAACAGAAUUCGACGAGUAUUUUCUUCAAACGGCGAACGAAACUCGCCAACCAAUACUGCCGACUGUAAUUCCGUACAUGGUCCCUUUACAUUUCUACAUUGAAACAAACAAUUUAAUAUUUCUCAUUCUGUCUUACGCACCGGGUGAAAAUCUUUUCGAUUAUAUUAAAAACUACGCCAAGUCCGUACCCACUACACCAGCGAGGGAAGUAAAUUUGGAAAAUGUUUUCUCUGAACCUAAAGUGAAAAAUACUCCUUCGGAUAACGAAGGCUUAGAAAUAGCUAAAACUGAAAAUAUUAUAUUAAAAACCGACUUAAAAACUGAAUACGAAGAAAAAUAUCUAAAUACUGAUUCCGAUAUAAGUAUUAUAGAUAGAAUUGAACAAAAUAUUCAAAAUUUAGAAAAUAAAAAUGUUAGUAUUGACAAUUUGGAUAAGACUGAAAAUAUUGAUAAUAUGGAAAUAUCUGUAAACGAAUUGGUAAUAAAUUCCCAAAAAUUAUUACUCAAUGUCGAUAAAGCAUUGAGUGAAGUACCAAAGAUAGAUGACGAAGGAAAGGAAAAGAUAGCUAAAGAUGUAACAGGAAACAUAGAUAGAGUUGACGACGAGGUAAAAAUAGAAAUUGUAGAAGCUAGCGAUGUGCAAAAAGAUGAACGAAAUAUUGAGAGAAGAGUUGAGACACCUGUUUCGAAUAGGCUAACUCCCCGACCCAAGGAUUUGUUGCCUCCUUCAGCUGUGUGCAGAUGGGGGGCGGAAAUAUUAACCGCUCUGGAAAGCUUGCAUAACUAUGGAGUUAUUUGCAGAGACCUGGCGCCGGCGCACGUGCUGCUGGGCGCGCGCGGGCAGGCGCUGCUGACGUUCCGCGCCGGCCGCGCGGCGGAGGAGCGGCGGCCGCGAGCGCCCUGCGCGCCCGAGCUGCUGCGCGCGCUGCCGCCGCCCGGCGCCGCCUGCGACUUCUGGAGCUUCGGCGCGCUGCUGUACGAGCUGCUGUGCGGGCUGCCACUGUCGUAUUACCACAGCCACGAAUUCACAAGUCACACGAUUCUACAGUUUCCUGACGGGUUGCCAUUGGAAGCACAGUCAUUACUAACACAGCUCCUAACCGCGGAGCCUUCUGAACGCCUCGGCGGAGGCAAGGACGGCAUCGAGGAGAUCAAACGACAUCCGUACUUCAAGCAGAUCGACUGGAGAGAAGUGUACGACAGCUGGGUCAUGCCGGAUUGAGGACGUCACUUCUGAAGUUGCGCUACGGAGUCAGUUAACUAAUCAAAUUCACAAGUGGUCAAUGAGGCCUUCUUUACAAUGGCCACGUGACGUUUUACAGGGUUAUUUCUUUAGGUUGGAAUUACAAUCUAACUCUAUGUAAGAUACUGAACGGAUUUUCCUAAAGAAUCCACAAUCAUUCAAUUGUGAAACUUUAUAUUAUUUAUUUGUUUUAUUUGUUGUGAAAUUACACCACUAGUUAGUUAAAGAUCUAUAACAGGCACAUAGAAGAAAUUGUAAAAACUGUAGCUUAGUUAGUAAAACAGUGGGGACGGAAUCCCGUGGUCGCAAGUUUGAGUCCUGUCGGGUCGAAGGAUUCUUUCUUUGUGUUCGAUUUUUGUAUUUAAUAUAAUUAUAACAAACUCGUGAAACUUUUUCAACACCGUUGUUCGAGAAGAUGAACUUUCUAUAGCGGUUAUUUUUUUCUUCUUUAAGUCAAAUUUAAAAGUUUGUUAGUUAGCAAGGAGUUUUUUUUAUGCUUGGAAUAAAUUAUGAAUACUAUAUAUCUAAAGAUAAAUGAAUAAGAAAAUUAAGCAAAAUUCAUAACUAAAUUGAUAUACAUUUAUUUAAAAACAAUUGUAAGACUGAAUUUGUUCGUUUCUCUCUCUGCCUUUUAUUUAUUUUUUCAUCGAGGAACAUAAACUUACACUUUCGUAAUUACAAAAAUCCGCCAUUGUAGUAGAAUUUUUAUUUAUUUGUAUUAUACAUAAUUGCGAGUAGUUAAACUAAUUUGGCGAAUUUUUAUAGCAUUAACUGUGUGGCCGAACGGUUACUAUUGGAGGGACUGCCACGCAGAGGCCCCAGACUCGAU